UCAGCAUGGCCCAAUUGGUUACGGCAGAUGACAUCGAGUCUCUGCGGAUCGAACUGGCAGAGAUCGGCCGGAGUUUGCGUUCAUCAAUUAGAGGCCAUGGAAGCAGUGGUAGCUUCCGGAGCGCAUCAAAUGUAAAUUCAGCAAGAACAGAUGAGGAAGAUGAAGAACUGUAUUGGGCAGCGAUCGAGAGGUUGCCUACUUUCGAUCGGUUGCGGACCUCCGUGUUCGACGCCGGCAACGGGAAUGAUGGAGAAGCUCAACAGAAGAGAUUGGUGGACGUCACAGAGCUGGGAGCAAUGGAAAGGCACUUGUUUAUAGAGAAGCUCAUCAAGGAUAUAGCGGAAGAUAACAAGAAACUGCUAUGGAAGCUGAGAGAAAGAUUAGACAGAGUCGGUGUGAAGCUGCCAACAGUAGAAGUAAGGUACAAGAACCUUUCCGUGAGUGCCAAGUGUGAAGUGGUGGAUGGGAAGCCCCUACCAACGUUAUGGAAUACAGCCAAAAGCAUCGUUUCUGGUUUCUGUAGACUGCCAGGUUUGAAGCACACAGACGCAAAGAUUAACAUCAUCAAUGAUGUCAGCGGCAUCAUCAGACCCUCCAGGCUCACCCUUCUGCUCGGCCCACCUGGUUGCGGAAAGACCACCUUAUUAUUGGCACUUGCAGGAAAACUAGAUCAAUCUUUGAAGCUGACUGGCGACAUUUCCUACAACGGGUAUGGCUUAAGUGAAUUUGUUCCCCAGAAGACAUCAGCCUAUAUAAGCCAAUAUGAUCUACAUAUGCCAGAGAUGACUGUCAGAGAAACUCUUGAUUUCUCAGCAAGAUGCCAGGGACUUGGAAGCAAACCUCAGAUGGUGAUGGAACUUAGUGAAAAAGAGAAGAGAGCUGGGAUAGUACCUGAUCAUGAUAUAGACAUGUAUAUGAAGGCAACUUCAAUUGAGGGGUUGAAGAGAAGUCUGCAGACAGAUUACAUCUUAAAGAUACUUGGACUAGACAUAUGUUCUGACACUUUAGUGGGUGAUGCCAUGAGGAGAGGCAUUUCAGGUGGACAAAAGAAAAGGUUAACUACAGGAGAGAUGAUUGUUGGUCCCACAAAGACCCUAUUCAUGGAUGAAAUAUCAACCGGUCUAGACAGCUCCACAACCUUUCAAAUAGUUACAUACCUUCAACAAUUUGUACACAUCACAGAUGCCACAGUAUUGACCUCGCUGCUUCAACCAGCACCAGAGACAUUCGACCUCUUUGAUGAUAUCAUACUGAUGGCAGAAGGCAAGAUUGUUUAUCAUGGCCCUCGGACUCUGGCUGUUCAAUUCUUUGAGGGCUGUGGCUUUAAGUGCCCCGAAAGGAAGGGCACCGCUGAUUUCCUCCAGGAGGUCAUUUCCAGGAAGGAUCAAGCACAAUAUUGGUGCAGGUCAGAUCCUUAUAGUUACAUAACAGUGGAUGAAUUUGAAGAGAAAUUCAAGGCUUCUGAUCAUGGGAAAAGCUUGUUAGAGGAGCUUAUAAAUCCAUCUGACCGUACACAAAAAGAUGCAGUAACCUUUAGCAUCUACUCUCUAAGCAAAUGGGAGAUGCUGAAGACGUGCAUGGCCAGGGAAUUGCUGUUGAUGAAGAGGAAUUCAUUUGUUUAUGUCUUCAAAUCAGUUCAGCUUGUCAUCAUAGCAUUCAUCACCAUGACCAUGUUUUUGCGUACAAGGAUGAAUGCCGACUUGGCUGGUGCGAAUUACUUUAUGGGUUCCAUGUUUUAUGCGAUGGUAAUCCUUAUGGUCAAUGGUUUCCCAGAGUUGUCAAUGAUAGUUUCCAGGCUGCCGGUAUUCUACAAGCACAGAGAUUUUUACUUCUAUCCUGCUUGGGCGUACACACUGCCUUCUGCCAUACUGAAAAUUCCUCACUCAUUUGUUGAAUCCCUAGUUUGGACGGGACUCACGUAUUACACCAUUGGAUAUAGUCCAGAAGCAGGAAGGUUUUUCUCCCAGUUCCUUCUCCUCUUUGCUGUGCAUCAAAUGGCUGCUUCCCUGUUCCGCUUCAUUGCCUCCAUCACUAAAACACAUGUAGCUUCAGCCAUGGCUGGCAGUUGCUUUAUGCUAGCAGCUCUCGUGUUUGGAGGCUUUGUGAUCCCAAGGUCUUCCAUGCCGGCUUGGUUGAAGUGGGGAUUUUGGGUAUCUCCAUUGGCAUAUGCUGAAAUAGGAAUUUCUGUAAAUGAAUUCCUUGCUCCAAGGUGGAGAAAGAUUUCUUUUGGAAAUACAACAAUUGGACAACAAAUUUUACUAAGCAGAGGACUUCAUUUUCCGGGUUAUUUCUAUUGGAUAUCACUGGCCGCCCUAUUUGGUUUCACUAUACUACUCAAUCUUGGCUUCACCAUGGCCUUGACAUUUUUGAAACCUCCUGGCAUUUCUCGGGCAAUUAUCUCCAGAGAAAGGCUUACACAACUCCAAGGGAAGGAAGAGAAUGUUCACCAUCACAUUCAGGAAGACAAAAGGAGAGACAAAAUGGCAUUACCAUUCAAACCACUGGCAAUAGCAUUUCAAGAUAUACAGUAUUUUGUCGAUACUCCUCAGGAAAUGAGAGAUCAAGGAAUGACGGAGAAGAAACUUCAGCUACUUAGAGACAUUACUGGCUCAUUCAGGCCUGGCAUUCUUACAGCCUUAAUGGGCGUCAGUGGAGCAGGAAAGACAACUCUCAUGGAUGUCCUCUGUGGAAGGAAGAAUGAGGGAGUUAUUGAGGGGGACAUAUGGAUAGGCGGGUAUCCUAAGGUUCAGGAGACAUUUGCUAGGAUAUCUGGUUACUGUGAACAAUCUGACAUUCAUUCCCCACAGAUUACCGUUGAAGAGUCUGUUAUCUUUUCAGCAUGGUUGAGAUUAGGUUCUGAAAUUGAUCAAGACACUAAAAAGGCAUUCAUAAGUGAAGUAUUAGAAACCAUUGAACUUGACGGAAUCAAAGAUGCACUGGUCGGCAUACCAGGUGUCAGUGGUCUCUCAACAGAGCAACGCAAGCGCUUAACAAUUGCAGUUGAGCUUGUUGCAAAUCCAUCAAUAAUUUUCUUGGAUGAGCCCACGUCUGGUCUGGAUGCCAGGGCAGCAGCAAUUGUCAUGCGUGCAGUGAAAAAUGUGGUUCGCACUGGAAGAACAGUCAUCUGCACAAUUCAUCAACCAAGUAUUGAUAUAUUUGAAUCCUUUGACGAGUUGAUGCUGAUGAAAAGAGGUGGGAAGAUUAUUUAUUCUGGACCAUUGGGAAGUCAUUCAAGCAGUGUUAUUGAAUAUUUUGAGAGUAUUUCCGGCAUUCCAAAGAUCAAAAAUAACUACAAUCCAGCAACAUGGAUGCUGGAAGUUACUUCUACUUCUAUGGAAAGACAGUUAAAUGUAGACUUCGCUCAGCUUUACAAGGAAUCGUCUCUCUUUCAGAACAACAAAGAGCUACUCAAACAAUUAAGCACACCAGCCCCUGGUUCAAAUGACUUGAACUUUCAGACCACGUUUUCACAGAAUUGGUGGGGGCAAUUUUCAGCAUGCCUGUGGAAGCAAUACCUGUCAUAUUGGCGAAGUCCUUCAUAUAAUUUGGUCCGUUUGACAUAUAUAACCAUCACCUCUGUGAUUCUUGGUGUCCUCUUCUGGCAACAAGGACAGAAAAUAGACACUCAACAGAGUUUAUUCACCAUACUGGGAGCAAUGUUUGUUGGAACUCUUAUGACCGGAAUCAAUAACUGCUCAACAGUUCUUCCCUUUGUAGCAACUGAGCGCAUUGUCUUAUACCGAGAAAAAUUUGCAGGGAUGUAUUCUUCCCUUGCUUAUGCAGUUGCACAGGUUGCAAUUGAAAUCCCAUAUGUACUCCUCCAAGCAAUCAUCUUUGGAACUAUUACAUAUGCUGCAAUAGGUUACCAACGUUCAGCUUAUAAGAUCUUUUGGUAUUUUUUUGUCAAGUUUAUUACGCUCCUAUACUACACUUACCUUGGGAUGCUUAUGGUCUCACUAACUCCAAAUAUUCAAGUUGCUGCAAUUCUCUCAUCUGUUUUCUACACAAUGCUGAGUCUCUUUUCUGGCUUCCUAAUCCCAGGACCGCAAAUACCAAAAUGGUGGAUUUGGUUAUACUGGGCCACCCCUACAAACUGGACUCUUCGUGGACUCUUUACUUCACAGUAUGGGGACAUACAAAAACAGGUAGCGGUAUUUGGGAAGUGGCAAUCCAUCAGUUCCUUCCUUAAAGAUUAUUUUGGCUUUCAACAGGAUCAAUUGGGAGCAGUCGCUGCUGUUCUUCUUGCUUACCCUGUUGUCUUUGCCGUUUUAUUUACUUAUUUUAUGUCAAAACUGAAUUUCCAGAGGAGAUAA